GCCGGCGGCCGCUCCGGCCGCGUACCCGGAAGCGGCGGCGGGGCCGCGCCAUGGCGGGGACGGCGCUGAAGCGGCUUAUGGCCGAGUACAAGCGCCAUGCUGGGGAGGUUGGAUUGAACUCUCCUGUGUCUGCUUCUCCUGUUUUUGUGUUGUUCUGGGUUUCCCACUGAGGUCCAUCAAACCUGAAUGGGUGCAGAGAGGUUACAGCAAUACAAACUCCAGGCUCUGAUGGGAUCCAGCAGAUACCACAGAGAGCUGACCCUGAACCCACCAGAAGGGAUUGUGGCAGGUCCCAUGAAUGAAGAGAACUUCUUUGAAUGGGAAGCCCUGAUCAUGGGUCCUGAAGACACCUGUUUUGAGUAUGGGGUUUUCCCUGCUAUCCUGAGUUUCCCGCUGGAUUACCCGCUGAGCCCUCCCAAGAUGAGGUUCACCUGUGAGAUGUUCCAUCCCAACAUUUACCCAGAUGGGAGAGUGUGCAUCUCCAUCCUUCAUGCUCCUGGGGAUGAUCCCAUGGGCUACGAGAGCAGCGCGGAGCGGUGGAGUCCCGUGCAGAGCGUGGAGAAGAUCCUCUUGUCUGUUGUUAGCAUGCUGGCAGAGCCAAAUGAUGAAAGUGGAGCCAAUGUAGAUGCCUCCAAGAUGUGGCGGGAAGACAGAGAACAAUUUAACAAAAUUGCCAAGCAGAUUGUGCAGAAGUCACUUGGACUUUAAGCUCACAGAGAGACUGAAGUGUUUUGUAUUUCUCUCCACCUGGAAACGAGCAGUGCUCAGUGCUGGUACCAAAAAGGAAAACUUUGUAAAACUAUUGGCCUAGUUCUUAUAAUUCGUUAUUUAUUUACCAUCUCUUUUCCUCCACUGCUCCAGAGAAGCCUCUAGUUCACUCACUAAAUUGUGUGGAAAAGGGAUUUAAUGGUAGAGAAAAAUACAGAGACAAUGCUGUUUCAAAGGCUGCUUGUUGCUACCUUCCUUUGUGGUGUGGAAAGCCUGGAGACCUGGCAAUCUGCAGCCCUCCCUCACCCAUCUGCUCUUGGAGAGCAGUGCUGGCUUGGAUUGUCUGCUGGCAGAAUUAGUUGUGUUUUUAUAGGUAGCAUUGCAUUGGAGCAGCAGUAGGCAGGAAUUACUCUAUCCAUUCUGUACUUGUUAGGUUAAGGACAGCAGUUGCAGUCAGAGCUGAUUUGAAGAGUAUAGUUAGCAGGAGAGGCUGUAAAGCAGAGCUGUAGUUAAGGUGUGUUAGUUAAGGAGCUUUAGGGAGUGAGGGAUGGCUGGGGAUCUGGAAUGGCCUGGUGUUCCCAUGCACCACUGUGAGUUGUACUGAGCCUUUGAGUCAGUGUUGGCUUGGCAGAAAUCCCAAGAGCUGCUUUAUUAGUCCUUGAGGACACUCAGUUGUAAACUUCACACUCAGAGGCACAAGGUGUAAAGGCUGGAUUGUGCAAGGUCACCUGGGUGAGGUAGGUCAUUGGCAGUUGGAAAAUCCAGUGAGGAUGUUUUUGCUCUGCUGGGCAUGUUCACAGCUCUUCAAGAAUACCAGCUCACUCUGGUGACAUGUGAGUGUUGAGGGGAUUUGGCACUGCAGCCCUCUCACCCAUUUUCAGCUGAACGAGCCAAGGUGAGCAUGAUGGACUUAGAAAAAUCACCUGUGACACUCUACACUGAGUGCUCUGGUGUGCUUGGGACAUUUGCAGUGUUGUAGCCAGUGUGAAGGGUGCAGGAAGUACCAGCUGGUCAGUUCCUAAAACUGCUGAGAGGCCUCUGCUGACCUUUCUGCUUUGCAAGCCAAUCUCACAUGUAGGUCCAAAUUUCUCCAAUUUACUACAAGCAAUAACAUGCCCAUGGAUAGCACAUGGAAUCCAGUUUUGUUGGCAGCUUAAAAUGGGCUAAAUUUGACAAGGGCUGUUGUUUUUUUAAUGUGAAGAAGUGUGAUGUGGAAGGAGUCACACCAUGAAGAAAGCUUUACAGAGGUGAUCGUGUGCACGUGUGUGGUGCAACUGUUCAGCAUUUCUGUCUUGCUGUCUGUGCUGCAGAUCACACUUUGCCAUUGUUGUGCACCUCUGAAGAGUUGUAUUGCUACAACCUGCUGAUUUUACCUCCUUUUAGAAAUAAUUGUGGCUUUGAUGUCAGGGUGGAAGUGGGACCGGACAUAGCUGGGGAGCAGAGAUGAUGAAAUAGUGUUGUACCUAACUAGUAUUUCAAGGCAUACAGGAAAAUGUAGCACUUUAUGCAAACUGGGAGUGUUUUCUGGAGUAGAGGGAGGAUUGUUCCUGGGAGUACUGCAGCCACCUUUGGGAACAAUGCUGGAGAGCUGCAGGAGCCACUGCAGAAACACAGACAUGGCAAAAGUGGGGUUUGCUUAAGUGCUGAGUGUUUUAUUCAUGUGUGCUUGCUCAUUAUCUUGAUUUUAUGGUGGGAUUUAGUCUGUAUACUGAAAAUAAAGUGCUUAUAUUUUCUCCUUU